CCGCUAAAAAUCCACUCUACUACAUUUCCGUCUAUAUAAGAUUCUGUUCGUCGAUUUUGAAUCAGUCAAAUCCGUCGGGCUUUUCACUUUAAAACUGGACAUUCGCACAAAGUAGUCUUGAAAAAAUGAUGGCCACUUGGUUUUGGAUUUUGAGUGUGUUAAUAUAUUUUCAAGAUACUACAUCAACUUCAGUUCCAGUUCCUCUACAGUAUGCCCCCAAAUGUGAAGGUCUAAGAUGUCACCAACAAGCCCAGUACCAAGUACUACAACCUCAAUACUUGCUCCAGCCACAGACCAUCCAACAGCAAGAAUACCAACAUCCGGUCAUAGUAGCAAAAUCUUACCCUAAAUGUCCUUUUGGUCACUCGAUCGAGCAUCAACAGUUAUAUGAGAUCAACGACCAGCAGAAACAGUUGCAGAAUUUGCAAAAUUUCCAGGCCCAACUUCAAUACCAAAGCCAGGAACAAAAGCAACAACAACAACAACAAGCAUACCAAGUAUCUUAUCAACAAACAAUCGGUGGCUAUAAACAAAAAGAUAACCAAGCCUCUUACCAACAAUUGAAUAAGAUCUCCCUCCAACAGUUGCUAGACGCGGAGCUGCAGAAAUAUCAGGCUAAUCAAGCUUAUCAACAGAAAAACUACCAAUCGUCUUACCAACAGUUGAGCAAGGACUUACAGCAAGGUGGUUUGGAAGCUGUAUACCAAAAUACCAACAAGGGUUAUUUGCCACCUCAAGUUUCUAAUGAUAUCUACCAGACUUCUUAUCAGUCAUCUCAAAAAGAGUCCCAAAACUCACAAAUCCAUCAACAACUGAUUUCCAACAUCAACAUCCAAAAGGACUAUGAAUCUUUACGUCAACACUUCAACAACGCUCAUCUCUCUUCCCAAAUUCAACAGCAACAGCUGCUGAACGCAAAUGUCCAACAGAAUGAACAUGUCAAGACUGAGUUGAGUCAAGAACAUCAAGGAAAGAUCAAGCAAACCAUCAACUACGACGUCAGCCACCAGCACCAAGGCUACAACCAACACCAAGGCUUCAACCUGCACCAGAGCAACUCAAACAUCUACAACCAAGCUAAAUCAUCGACCAACAUCGAAAGACACCACCCAAUUCAUCAUCAUUCUGAUGGUGCAUAUGAUGAAUCUGAGGAGAUCGACAUAGAAACUGGUAAGAAGAAGAAAGAUCAUGAUGCCUACUACAAAUUCCAAUACGCUGUCAACGAUCAGCAUACUGGAGAUAUUAAGAGUCAUAAAGAAGAACGUGCUGGAGAUGAAGUAAAAGGGGAAUAUUCUCUGGUCGAGAAAGAUGGCAAUGUCAGAACCGUGAAAUAUUUCGCUGAUUGGAAAACUGGCUUCCACGCCACUGUCCACAACUCCAAGCCUAGAAACUAGGUUCAGAUAUGCCAUAUUUCUUCAGUGGGUGUACCUUCAAUUAUGUGAUUUAAUUUAGUCAUAGUUAAUUUGUUUUUUGUUGGAGUUGAUAGCAAUGAUUCUUCUCAAGAUUGUUGUUAUCUCUCGUGUUUUGCCAUAUCGAUGUACAUAACUGUACUGUUUUAUAAUUUUGAGAAAUAUAUAUUUUUUUUUA